AUAAUUUUUACCUUAUCACAAUCAAUCAAUCAAUCAAUCAAUUGAUUUGUGUAUAUAAGACAUAUUUUCUUGUAUUAUUUCUUAACCUUUAUCACCUUUGACAAAACAUGUUCCCUGCCACUACCGAGUUUGAUCCCCAGCGCUUUGCAAAGGACCCUCAGUCUAACAAAGAUGAUAAGACAUACAAGGAGUCUACCACAAUGGAGCCUUUGGUCUUGACAUCUCAAAACAGCAACGCCAAUAAUGACGAAGACUGUCAUUGCGGUACACCAGCCACCAUUAGUCGCUUCGAUCCCAAUGACAGCUCUCUUGACGGACUUUUGAUGAACAACCGUCGUUGGGUUAACUCCAUCAUUCGUGAGGAUCCUCUAUUCUUCAAGAACAUUGCCUUGAGACAGGAACCAAAGUUACUUUGGAUUGGCUGUUCGGACUCUCGUGCACCCGCAAACCAACUCGUGCAGCUUGGCCCGGGUGAGAUCUUUGUUCACCGCAAUAUUGCCAAUGUAGUCAAUCACUCGGACCUCAACUGUCUUUCUGUCAUUCAAUACGCCGUCGAAGUCCUCAAGGUAGAGCACAUCAUUGUAUGUGGUCACUACAACUGUGGAGGUGUUGCUGCUGCAUAUGGAAAGCAACAGUACGGUCUUAUCGACAACUGGCUGAGAAACAUCAAGGAUGUUUACAGACUCCAUCAACAAGAGCUGGAAGAAUUGGAUAACGAAGAGGACAGAAUCCGUAAAUUGGUCGAAUUGAAUGCUAUCAACUCUGCCAAGAAUGUCUGUCACUCUACCAUUGUCCAAAAUGCCUGGAAAAAUGGUCGCGCUUUGACUGUUCACGCUUGGGCCUACGCCAUUGAAGACGGUUUGGUUCGUAAACUUGAUUGGUCGGUCGACAACAACACUACCCUUCAACAUAUCUAUCACCACUAAAUUAUACAAACCCCCUUAUAUAUCAUACGUAUAAAGAAAAAUAUACACAAACACAUACACUUACAAACUAAACACACGUCCGUAAUACUACUAUACUUUCUACCUCUUGUAUUUUCUCUAGUAUUUCUUAUCCCUGGUGAAUGAAUGAAUAAAUAAAUGAAUAUAAAUAAUAAUAAUAAUAAUAAUAAUAAUAGUGCUAUUAGGGGAGUUCAAUAGCCUUUCAUACUUUUUUUUAUUUUAUUUAAAUAAAUAAAAAAUUAAAAUUUUGAGUUUAAACUAC